AUGGCUGGACACGGGUCGAAGUCAUGGGGCGAGAGCGCCACGGCGAUCGAGUUCAAGGGGCGACGCGGCCCCACGAUCGCCACGCGCGGCAUGGUCGCGUCCUCGCAGACCCUCGCCUCCGAGGCGGGCCUCCGCAUCCUGCGAGCGGGAGGCAACGCCUUUGACGCCGCCGUCGCGGUCGCCGCGGCGCUGAACGUGUGCGAACCCACGAGCACCGGCAUCGGCGGCGACGCCUUCGCGCUUUGCUACCACGCGUCGUCCAAGGAUGUCACCGCGGUCGUGGGCGGCGGCGCCUCCCCCGCCGCGCUCACCCUUGACCUCUGUCGACAGCGCGGGCACCUCGGAACCGAGAUCGCGCCCUCCACCGACGCGCUGUGCGUCGUGGUCCCCGGCGCGUGCGCGGCGUGGGAGGACGUGGUCACGCGCCACGGCAAGCUCACCCUCGCCGAUGUUCUCGCCCCGGCCAUCGAGCUCGCCGAGCACGGCGCGCCCAUCGGCCCGGUCACCGCGGAGCUCUGGCGCAGGCAGGAGCACCUACUCCGAGCACAAGGCGCGACGUGCAUGCUCGUCGACGACGGAAACCCUGAGGACGGAGAAACCCGUGCGCCACACGCGGGCGAGGUGUUCGCCAACCCCCAGCUCGCGGCCACGUUCCGACGCGUCGCGGCGCACGGCGCCAAGGAAGGGUUCUACCGCGGGCCCAUCGCGGAGGCGAUCGUGGACGCGAUUGCCCAACGCGGCGGCGUGUUGACGCUCGAAGAUCUCGACGCGCACGCCACGCGAUUCCCGGCGCCGAUCUCGCAGACGUACAGGGACGACGUGAGGGUGUGGGAGCUCCCACCGCCCAACCACGGCAUCGCCGCGUUACUCGCGCUCAAUUGCCUGGAGGCGGCGCUCCCCGACGCGGGCCCUCCGCCGCACUGCAUGACCUGGGACCACGCGUCGGUGGAAGCUAUGCGCAUCGCCUUUGCCGAUUCGCUGGAGCACUGCGGCGAUCCCGAGCACGCCGACGCCGUCGACGCGGCUGUCACGGCUGGCGAACUCGUCGACAAGACUUUGGCCAAAACGGACGGACUUCGGCCGAGUCCGGAUACGGUUUACUUUUGCGUCGUCGACGGCGAGGGCAACGCGUGCUCGUUCAUCAACUCGAACUACGACGGGUUCGGGACAGGGAUCGCGCCCGAGGGUUGCGGGUUCACGCUUCAGAACCGAGGGCACAACUUCAUCCUCCGGGAGGGGCACGUCAACUGCGUGGGUCCGCGCAAGCGCCCGUACCACACCAUCAUCCCGGGCAUGGCCACGCGCGAAGGCACCGGCGACCUUUACGCCGCGUUCGGCGUCAUGGGCGGGUUCAUGCAGCCGCAGGGUCACCUGCAGGUCAUCUCCCACAUGGUCGACGGCGGUUUAGAUCCGCAGGCGGCGCUGGACGCGCCGCGGUGGUGCAUCGGCGGUGUCGGUUCCGAGAAGGGAUCGGAAUCGAUAAUCGAUGCGCCGGUGGCGGUGGAGGCGGGGCACCGAUCGGCCAACGACUUGCUGCGAAGGGGCCACGUCGUGGAGCACGUCGCGGGACUGGAACGCACGGUGUUUGGCCGGGGUCAGAUCAUCGCGAGGGACGAGCGGGGCGUGCUGUGGGGCGGGAGCGAUCCGCGCGGGGACGGAUGCGCCAUCGGUUUCUGA